GAAAGAAAACAAUAAUAAUAGUAAAAGCACAACAAGAAACGAAGCCGGAAAAUUUUUUGGUCAAAUUUUUAUUUAUUACUUAACUGAAAUGUGAAAUUGUGUUUACAAUUAUAUUGUCAUGAUUAUUGUACUAUUUCAAGUUCUAUAUUUAUUUGGAAAAUUAAUUUAUACACGAUAUAAAAGUCGUAAACAAACUCACGACAUUGUUGACAAAGAAUUAUGUCCUUAUGCAAAUAUGAAUUUAUCAUUUCGAGAUCGAAAUCAAGAAAUAGGUAGAUUAGCCCAACCACCGGGUGAUACAUCGGACGAUGAAAAAGAUAUGGAAAAUUGUAUUAAAUUUUUUCCACCAGCAUAUAUUCAAAGAUAUGUCUCGGUACAAAAAGUCCUUGAGGAAGCUCGUUAUAAGGGAAAAAUACGUAAGGUCGUCGAUUUUGGAUGUUCGGAACUUGGAUUUAUGGUGUAUUUAAAAAAUACACCUGGAGUGGAAGAAAUAUUAUGUGUUGAUGUUGAUAAAGAAGUUUUAGAAUGGAGUCAAAAGAAAGCACAUCCCCUUCAUGUUGAUUAUUUACAUACACGCGAUAAACCAUUAACAAUAAGCGUUAUUGAAGGAAGUGUAACGCACAAUGAUAAACUUCUUGAGAAAACCGACGCUGUAAUAUGUAUAGAAUUAAUAGAGCAUUUAUAUCCCGAAACAUUGACUGAUUUACCGUAUAAUAUUUUCGGUUAUAUUAAACCACAAGUUGCUAUCAUGACAACACCAAAUGCCGAUUUUAAUGUAUUAUUCAAUAAACCCGGUUUUCGUCAUUACGAUCACAAAUUCGAAUGGACGAGGGAACAAUUUCAAGAUUGGGCAGAGAAUAUUGUUUUACAAUAUCCAGACUAUGAAGUGUCAUUCAGUGGAAUUUGUGAAGGUCCAGCAGGUUCUGAAAAUCUUGGAUGUUGUUCUCAAAUGGCAGUUUUUCAUCGACGAUUAACAACAACAACAAAUGAAAUUAAAUAUCCGGGUGUUGAGGGACUAUUUAAAAUAAUAACUAUUCAAGAAUAUCCCUAUCACGUUGAUAAUCGUUCAGAUGAGCAAAAAAUUUUAGAUGACACUGUUUAUUAUAUAAGAAAUUAUGCCAUGUAUUGUUUGGAAUAUGCCGAGGAGAUUCCAUUGGAAAAAUUAUUGAAUCCAUUGAAAAAAUAUAGUGUCACUGUUGAAUAUUUAAAGGAACUUUUGGAACAAAAUGGAUGGAGAAUUAUUGCACGUGAAAAAGGAGACGUUGUUUUAAUACCCGAACGAUCGGAUUCUGACAAUAGUUCCGGUGAAAAUUGGGAUGAUUUGGAAUUUUCAUGGAACGAUCAAGAAAACAUUGAAGACGAUUGGGAUUUAGAACCAGGUCCUCCUUCACAAAUUACAGGAGAUUCACUUUUACAAGAAAAUUGGAAUGACGUUGCAUCAGUUAUUCAAAACGAAGAAGUGGAAGUUGAAACUUUAAAUGAACAAAAUAAUUGUAAUGAAAUGCCUAGUUGUUCAAAAGAAACUAAUGAAUCUUCCACUAGUAUUGGAAAUGAAGAAAAUAUUUCUUCCCAAUCGAUAAAUCCAAUAAAUUCUAGUUCUAGUUCUCUUUGUUUUAAUUUUAAAAAUGUACUAGAUAACACAACAGAAUUGGCACAUCAAAAACUUUUGCAUUUAGAUUAUGAAAAUCAAUCAGAGAUAAAUGAAAAAUUACCACGUAAAACAUAUCGUAAGCAAAUAAAAUCUCCCAACACAUCAGGGACUGCUUUAAAAGAAUUAGGAAGUUUAUGCAGUAUUUAUUUGGAAUCAUCGCGUAAUGAUAAUUCAAAAACAUGUUUUCAAGAUUUAAGUAAUCUCUCUUUUGAGAGUACACUAUCGGCCACGUCUUCGGUAAAUUGUUCGAAAUUAGAUGAGAAUUUAUCAUUAAAUAGUGAAGAGAAUUUCCCACCAAAGAAGCCAAGAGUUGAUGAUAAUUUUUCAUCAAUACAAUUUCGAACUGUUCAAGAAAUUGAAGAUGAAUUACGAAGAAAAUAUCUAAAGAGCAAGAAUUUAAAAGGCGAAGACAUUUUAAAUGAAUCUGAUCUUUGGGAAGGAUUAGAAACACCAGAAUCAGUUAGUCGAGAUUUCUCUGAAAGUAGUAGUCAAAUUUCCCCACCAAAUUUUAAUAAUGUCUCAACAUCGUCGACAUCCAUUGAUGAAAUGUACAAAUCAACACCAAUAGCUUUAAAAUUAAAUGAAACAAGCAAAUUAGAUGAUAACACUGCCGAUUCAGUGAAUAGAAAAUUGUUAUUAGAUAAUACAAGUGAUUUAUUACAAGGGUCUUCCAAAAAAAAUAUAAAUUCAAAAUCGAACGAUACUAAUGAAAUUAAAUCUGUGAUACAGGAAAUGGAAAUAAUUCGCGAUUAUCCGGAAUUUGAAAAAAUGUUUGCAAAAUGUCGAGAUAAUUCAAAUAUUUCCAAAGUUUUAGAUUUAGCAGAAAUAACAGAAUCGGAGAUAAUAUUAGAUACACCACCAAAUAGUUCAUCACCUGAAAUAAUGGAUUCUGGUUAUCCAAAUUCUGCAUCGGCACACGAUAUGACACCCGAAUAUGAUUUACCAAGUAUUGAACAAGAUAGAAUUUCUAAUUCUAAAUCACCAAGUAUUGAGAAUGAUGAUGAUGAUGAUGAUGAGGAUGAGGAUGAUGAAGAUGAUGAUAGAAUUUCUGAUUCUGAAUCGCCAAUUAAUGAAGAAGCACCGAGGCAAGGAUUUUUUGAAUUAGAAUUAGAAAAUGGCGAUUUAGCGAAUAAUAAUCGUGAUGAUGAGGGAAAUAAUAUGAUUGCUGUUGAAGAUAAUGAUAAUGAUGAUCUUCAACCGUUGAUUCAUGUACUUGCAAAUGAUAGAGAAAAUGAAAAUGAUAUUUAUGUUUUACAAAAUGGUUUUCCCGCUUGGUUACUUCGAAUAUUACGAAUGCAAGGACAACGUUUUGGUCCAUUGGAUGCAGCAAUUGAUGGAGAAGCUGCAAAUUUAAAUUUCAAUGAAGGCUUCAGCAGUUCAUCCGAAGAUGAUUGAAAAGAAUUCGAAUUAUUAAUUCAAAAAAAAGAAGAAGUAUUAUAGUAAAUAUGAAAAAUUUGCUCAUUGAAUGAGAAACACCUUGAGGCUGACUAUAUAUAGGUGAUAAUUCAGAAAACUUAAAACCCCCUGGUGCGAACAAAAAUUAUAUAACUUAAAGAAAAACCAAUUUUUUAUUCAUCAAACGAUAUUAACUAAUCAACGGUUUGAUAAAAGUUACUUAGUUCUUUGGAUUGCGUUUUUACUUAUUAUAAACUUCAAUUAUAAAGCGUCAUUUAAUUAUUAUUAUUAUUAUUAUUAUUAUUAUUAUUACUUAGUGAGAAAAUUUAAAAAUUACAUAUCAAUAGAAAUUUUUCGAGAAAUUAUUUUUAUGCUUUUAUUUCAAAGCAAUGUCAUUUUGUUGUUUCUAUGUAUUUUAAAGAUCACUUUUUCUUUUGUUAAUAAGUCUAAACGCAAACCAUUAAAAAGAACAAAUGUUUAUGAUAAGUUAAUUACAAAUUGUUUUAUUUCAAUCUUAUUAUUUUUUUUUAAUAUAAACUUUCGUUCUAAAUGAAAAAAAAAAGUUUUGUUUUAUAAGAAUAUUUUUCAAUUAUUAGAAAUAUAUAUACAAGAUGUUUCAGAGAAAAUCAAUCGUGCGUUGUUUUUUUUUUUUCACCAAAAAAAGUCUAUGACAAAAGUAAUACACACUCUUACAAAUGGAAAAAUUAAUAAUAGUUGAGGAUUUUUCCAACUAUUAUUCUUUUUUAAACUAAAAAGAAAAACACUUUGCGACAUUCGCAAAACUAUAUAAAUUAAUUCUCUUAAAAUAACAAAAAAAAAAAAAAAAAAACAUUAUAUUAUACAACUCUUCUAACUUCGAAAAACCUCUUUAAAUAAUAAACUUGACCUAGAGACAUACAAA